CCGCGCGACUCCCUCUGCAGAACAUGGCAGCGCUGAGCAAUGUCCGCUGGCUGACCCGAGCGGUUGUCGGCGCUCGGAACUCCGGGGCUUGGAGAGGUCUCCGAACAUCGGCUACCGCUCACGCCGCCUCGCAGAAACAGGCAGAAGAUGUGAGGGUGGAGGGUGCCUUUCCCGUGACCAUGCUGCCGGGAGAUGGCGUGGGGCCAGAGCUCAUGCACGCUGUCAAGGAAGUGUUCAAGGCUGCUGCUGUCCCUGUGGAAUUCAAGGAGCACCACCUGAGCGAGGUGCAGAACAUGGCUUCUGAGGAGAAGCUGGAGCAGGUGCUGAGUUCCAUGAAGGAGAACAAAGUUGCCAUCAUUGGAAAGAUCUACACCCCAAUGGAGUAUAAGGGUGAAUUAGCUUCUUAUGAUAUGCAGCUGAGGCGUAAGUUGGACUUGUUUGCCAACGUGGUCCAUGUGAAGUCACUUCCUGGGUACAUGACUCGGCACAACAAUCUAGAUCUGGUAAUCAUUCGAGAACAGACAGAAGGGGAAUAUAGCUCUCUGGAACAUGAGAGUGCAAAGGGUGUUAUUGAGUGCCUGAAGAUUGUUACUCGAACCAAGUCUCAGAGGAUUGCAAAGUUUGCAUUUGACUAUGCCACCAAGAAAGGGCGGAACAAGGUCACAGCAGUCCAUAAGGCCAACAUCAUGAAACUUGGGGAUGGGUUGUUCUUGCAGUGCUGUGAGGAAGUUGCUGAACUGUACCCCAAAAUCAAGUUUGAAACAAUGAUCAUAGACAAUUGCUGCAUGCAGCUGGUUCAGAAUCCUUACCAGUUUGAUGUGCUUGUGAUGCCCAAUCUUUAUGGGAACAUUAUUGACAAUCUGGCUGCUGGCCUUGUUGGGGGAGCUGGUGUGGUCCCUGGUGAGAGUUACAGUGCAGAGUAUGCAGUCUUUGAGACGGGUGCCCGGCACCCAUUUGCCCAGGCAGUGGGCAGGAAUAUAGCCAAUCCCACAGCCAUGCUGCUGUCAGCUUCUAACAUGCUGCGGCAUCUCAACCUUGAGUAUCACUCCAGCAUGAUCGCAGAUGCAGUGAAGAAGGUGAUCAAAGUUGGCAAGGUUCGGACUCGAGACAUGGGAGGCUACAGCACCACAACUGACUUCAUCAAGUCUGUCAUCGGCCACCUGCACCCCCAUGGGGGCUAGAGCCCUUACUCCCUACAACUUCAAAAGGACCAUGCUACCUACCUACACAUCCCUUCAGUACAAUGGACCAGGGACGAGAACAUCUAGACAGUAGACCAUGAUUGCUUUUCUGGCAGAGGCUAGGUUGUCCUGGGGGCUGGCUUUAGGUGUACUUGCACAGGGUGGGUGUUGGGACCAGGCCCAGACCACAGGAUGAUGACAACUUUUUCCCACAGGUUCGAACAUCAGAUAUGGGUGGUUAUGCCACUUGUCAUGACUUCACUGAAGCUGUCCUUGAUGCCCUGUCAUAAAUCCCACAUACGCCCAUGAACUGUUCAAUAAACAAACACAUGCUAUCUUA